GUAAAAAUGGCACCUACAAAGCCAAAAUCAGCGGACAAGCCUCCUGCCAAGAAGGAAGAGAAGAAAAAGCCAGCAUCUGCACCGGCUGGUGGUGCUGCGGCAUCCACCUCUAGCUCUAAAACUCCUGCUCCUGCUCCUAAAGCUGCUGCCAAAGCAGCAUCUACCAGCAAAGCUGAAAAGAAACCCUCUGCAGGAAAAACUCCUGCAACCAAGCCCACUGCAGCAGCUAAAGCAGCCCCUAGCAAAGCUGCAGCUGCUGCUCCUAAAACAAAAGCCACUGCUUCAAAAACUGCCACAAAGGGCGCAGCAAGUAAGACUGCUACCAAACCUGCAGCAAAAACAGCAGGUAAGGCUGCAGCCAAGAAACCAGCAACUGCCAAAGCUCCUGCUGGAAAAGCCAAGGCCCCUCCUAAAGCUCUGGUUACCAAACCAAAGCGAAAUGUGGCUGUUAAACAACAAAAGGGUGUUGGUAAGAAACCAGCUGUGGCUGCACCUGUUGCCAAGGCGUUGAGAGUACAAAAGAAGGUAAUCAAAGGGCCCAACGGAACGCACAGCCGCAUAAUCCGUACUUCGGUGCACUUCCACCGCCCUAGAACCUUGAGGCCGCCCAGGGCGCCCAAAUACCCGCGCAAGAGCGUGCCCACUAGAUCCAGGAUGGACGCCUACAAUAUCAUCAAGUUCCCGCUGACGACAGAGGCGGCCAUGAAGAAGAUCGAAGACAACAACACGUUGGUCUUUUUGGUGCACACCAUGGCGAACAAGCAUCAUAUCAAGGCGGCGGUUAAGAAGUUGUACGAUAUUAAUGUGGCUAAAGUUAAUACUUUGAUCAGGCCAGACGGCAAGAAAAAAGCUUACGUGCGAUUGGCUAGGGAUUAUGAUGCGUUAGAUGUUGCUAACAAAAUUGGAAUUAUAUAAGUUUUUCAGUUGUUGGUUUUAUACUUGACGUAUGAAUAAAAGUGAAUAAAUAUUUUGUAUUGUU